AUAAAUUGCAAUCCAAACAUCUCUCACAAUCAAUCACCAAUACAAGCUACGUACUCACUUUUCACACACUGCAAAUUUGUCUUGUUCUAUAAUCAGAAUGGAUAACGCAAGCUACCAAGCUGGACAGACCAAGGGCCAAGCUCAGGAAAAGGGUAACCAGCUGAUGGAGAAAGCUGGCAAUGCUGCACAAUCUGCCAAAGAAUCAGUUCAAGAGGCUGGACAGCAGGUGCAGGCUAAGGCACAAGGUGCUGUUGAUUCCGUCAAGGAUGCCGUUAACUCUAACAAGUGAGAGAGAGAUGAGAGAGCUAGCGUCUCCUGCUUCCCCCUAUUGUUAAAAUCAGUUUCUUUUGGUGUUUUGAUUUCAAGUUUGUGGUCUAUUUUUCUGUGUAUGUAACCCCUUUCCUGUUUAGGGAGGCAAGAGUCUCCUCAUCAAAGGAAGAUGAAUAAAAUAUUUUGAUGUCAGAAA